AUGGAACCAUUUGAAGAUAGUCAAAACCUGGAGGAAUUCAGACGAAAUUUAGGGAUGAAACAUGCUGCAGUGAAUACGAGUGGAAAGAUCUGGGUCUUCAUAGAUGAAUUUAUUGAUUAUGAAAUUGUAAGGGAUGAGGAACAAAUGCUGACGCUGAAAUUCCAUAAUCAAGAAUUAGACAGUGAUGUAAUAACAUCCAUGGUAUAUGUUAAAUGUACACAAGGAGAAAGAUUGCAACUUUGGGAAUCAAUAGAGGAUCUAGCAGAUAGUAUAAGAUUGACAUGGCUAGGCGGAGGGGAUUUCAACGUGAUUAGUAGUGAAGAGGAACAGUUGGGGGGUCGACCUGUUACUGAAGGAGAAGUCAGGGACUUCAGCCACUGUAUUAAUGUAUGUAAUCUAGAAGACCAAGGAUACAAAGGAGGAAAGUACAGGUGGUGGAAUGGUAGAACAAACUCAGAAUGUAUUUUUAAAAGGUUGGAUCGAGUUGUGUGCAACGACAGAAUGCAAAUUACAUUCCCUAUUAUAGAAGUUGAACAUUUGGUGAGAAGUGGAUCAAAUCAUACACCAUUACUAAUUACAUUCAAGACCAGUAAAGUGAAUGUGGUGAGACCUUUUAAAUUUCUGAGCUUAAGGUUGAAGGAGAAGUCCUUUAAGGAGGUGAUCAUUCAAAACUGGAAGGUUGACUUUGAAGGAAAUCCAUUUAGUUUAUUUCACUAUAAACUAAAAAAAGUGAAGAAAGUGCUUGCACAGUGGAGCAGGGAGACAUUGGGAAACAUCUUUCAGGAGAUUACAACUUUGGAGGAAAUCAUUAAAGUACAAGAGAUGCAGUUUGAAGCAGAUCCAUCUGAAGCCAAUAGGGAAAAUUUAUACAAAUACCAAGCUAAUUUGAAGAGGCACUUGCACAUGGAAGAAGAUUUCUGGAAACAAAUCACUGGGAUGGCAUGGUUUAAGGAUGGAGAAAGGAAUACGAAAUUAUUUCAUACAUAUGUGAAAGGGAGAAGGAAGAGAUUAAGAGUCAAUAGAAUUCAAAAUGAUGAAGGGGAGUGA